GUUAAAUUUAUUUCUAAACGUAUCCCCUCCAAAUUGAAAACAACCGAAGGUCGACGCUGUUCUCGAUCUCAAUAAAGUAUUUUUGGUUAGGUUAAUAGCUGUGUAGAAGAUAUUUUAACAUGAUUCCAAUGAUCAAGUAAUUGUAUUACGAUAUAAUGGAUGUCACUGGAGAUUUGACGUUACAAUGGGUCGAGGAGGUGGGGAAUGUUAUUCACGAAGAAGUAAUAUGUGGUUUAGAGGCAGAGCUAGGUGCACCGGAGGAAGAGGUGAUAGGGGCUUGCGAAGAAGUUACGGUGGAAGAAACGGUAGAAUCUGUUCCUGAUGUUACUCCUACAGCAGACUCAGAGAUAUUAAUGGUGUCGCAGUCCAGCGAUAUGGAAUCUAUUUACAUAGUGCCACAAGACCAAGGACACGACUACUUAAAUAUACAAGUUACGGAAGAAGUGAUUACAGAUAAUUGGGAUAGAUCUGGUCCUGAAGAUGGGGUUGAGAUACCAGAUACAAAAGUAUCUCAUGACAAUUUGCUUGAGUACGAUGACAUGGAGAUACCAUUACCGAUUGAUCAAGAUUCUUAUACAAAUACUAGACCUUAUCCAUGUGACUUCUGUAGCAGAAGAUUCAGGAAAAAAGCAAAUUUAAUGAAUCAUAUGGUGGCGCAUCAGACAGAUCGUCCUCAUGGGUGCAAUUUAUGUGGAUCGCGUUAUGCUCGAAAAUGUGACCUUAUGAAUCACUUGAAGAUUCAUGCAUAUGCACCUUCUCGCGAUGGUCUGGAAGAUGAUUUAAACGAUGACGAUUCGCUGGCUCAGGAAGAAGAAGAAUCUACCAAAGGUAGACGUAAGAAAGUCCAAUCGAGUGCACCAAGGAAACGCAAAAACAAUUCUGCUAUUCCAAAGCACAAUAUCGAGGACAGUAAAAUGGAAAUGGGCAAGUACGUCAAUAAAUCUUAUGAUUAUGUUGACGAAGAUAUGCGUCUAUUAGAAGAAAUGACUAGUAGAAAUUCUACGCGCAGUGGUAACUAUGCAUCGAGUUCAAGGUGGAACGAACAAAUAUCACCUGUGUCAACUGAAACUCAAGCACCACGAUGGCCUAUAACUGAUCCAACAAAACCAUAUGUAUGUCAAUACUGUGGUGUUGGUUUUGCAAGAGAAAAGGCGUUAGCGUCUCAUGCACGUGUACACGGUGGUGACAGUCCAUUUGAAUGCACAUCAUGCGGUGAUAUGUUUUGGGAUGUUAACAGUUUACGGGAACAUGUUCGAAUCAAACAUGGUGGUACUGUACAAUCUGACACCGAAGAAUAUGAUAAUGAUGCCACGUAUACUGGCGAUGAAAGAUUUGGAGAAUUCUAUUGCAACACUUGUGGUGUUCCUUUUCACCGUUUGGAUUUACUUAAACGUCAUCAAAAAAUUCAUAUCAAGCAAGAAGAUGAUAUGGUGGAAGGUUUGAGUCAGCAUCAUGUUUGCAAUGUUUGUGGAGAGUGGUUUGAAGAGGCUCUAGCAUUGUUAGCGCAUGCCGAACUUCAUGCUAGAUCACCCAGCCGUCGUUGCUUACUAUGUGGCGAAAGAUGUCGCGAUGAUGCCGAAGUUGCGGAACACGUUCGACAAAAUCAUGCCGAAGAUGCCCCGCCGAACACGUGUACUCUUUGUGGAAAAACAUGUAAAGAUAAACGAAGUUUAUUAAAACAUUCAUGGGUUCAUAAUGUUGACAAAACUUUUGGAUGUACAAAAUGUGGGAAACGUUUUCACAGCAAAGCUAGAUUACGGAGACACAUGGUGUCACAUCGUAAUAAGAUGGUAGCCUGUGAUGAAUGCGGAGAAGAAUUUCCCGAUGGUAGAGCUCUUGUUAGCCAUCGUCAUUCGCAUAAUAAAGAUUUGGGCGGUCGUUCUUUUCCAUGUAGGGAAUGUGGAAAAACAUUUGGGAGUCGCAGUUCACAACAGAUUCAUAUACGUAUUCAUACUGGAGAAAGACCAUACGGUUGUAGAUUUUGUUGGAAAGCAUUUGCUGACGGUGGAACUUUAAGGAAACACGAACGUAUUCACACAGGCGAAAAGCCGUAUGGAUGCGCGAUCUGUCCACGUGCUUUUAAUCAAAGAGUUGUUCUCAGAGAACACGUACGUGCUCAUCAUUCAGGUCCCGAUCCAAAAUGCGUAGGUAGCAUUACUCCGUAUCUGUGUAAAGUAUGCGGUGAUGCAUAUGCAACAUCAGAAGAAAUAGUUGCUCACAUCGUGCAACACUGUGACGAUAAUACUGCGCUAAGACGUCAACCACAAACUGGACCGCGUAAAUAUAAAAGAAGACGUAAACUUAAACCCCAUGAAACCAAUACAAUGUUGCGUAUGAGCGAACAAUAUGACUUGAUGGAAGGAGGCUCUGACUCGGAUGAUAAUACAAAAAGAAAACUCGGGAGAAAAAAUAAGCAGCAUCGGUCGAACGUCGAAGAAGGAUAUCAAAAUGUUCUUAAAAGUUUUGAAAGCUCUUUACAAAAUAUAAACUCGAUCGUUAGUAAUUCAAAGUUAAAUCCAGGAAAGUCCAAGCUUUCUAAAAAGAAACUUAAAAAGGAGGAAAAAAAGAACGAAGCUCAAGCUUCCUGUCAACCUGGUAGACCAAAAAUGAUUCACACGCAAAAAACAAGAGUGCCUGUAGAGAUCGGUAGUGAUGGAGUUAAGAAAGGACAGAAAACUAAAACAAUGGUAACGAGGACUCCCAAAGUGAUGCCAAAUGAACAUAAAUUAGGAAUAUUCCCGGGCGGGGAGCGAAAUAGGCCAAGAACAAAAAACGUCAGUUAUCAUAUUGAAGGAAAGUUUCAACCAACACCCGCAACAUUCUUGAAACCGCAAGACGAGACUUUCGAGACUUCCCCACCGAUGCUAUUAACAAAUAUAAAGCAGGAACCUAAUGUGCAAAAAUUACCAAGUAACAAUCACAGAAAUAACAACGGUAAUAUUCUUGCUAUUAAACAUGAAAAGAUAGAACCGACACCUAGAAAAAAGUCAGGUAUCUUGAAAAAGAUCAAAAAACAAAAGCAUGGAAUUAAGCAGGAGCCGAUAGACAUGGAUCAGGAACAAAUACAAAAUAAUAAUAACACUGAGAAUACAGACACUACAAGAUUAAUGGAACACGCGGUAGAUGGAAGUAACUUGGAAGUUGCAUUCGAAGCGAGUGUUAUGGCAGAGGAUGAAAAUAUUCUUCCCGAUAUGGGCGACGUAAAUAAUACCGAAAACGUUGGUACCGGAAAUGUAAAGCUUAGUAUAAAAGUUGAAUCGACGCCUCAACGAAUAUUGUCUGUUCAUAAUGUUAUGGCACCUGAUGAUAUUGUCCCAGAAACUAUAAUACCAGAUGCUGUAGAAUAUACAUGUGAGAUGUGUUCCGCAGUAUUUUCCAGUCGUGCAGAAUUAUUGGUGCAUGUUCCAAUACACAUUUGAUUUAAUUUGUUCAAUGCAAUUAAAAAAGGUAUGCGAAUUUGUUCUACUCUAAGAGUAUUUGUUUAUCAAGCAAUAUUUUAAUAUGGUCAAUGAAGGUUUAUCUGUUUCUUUGAAUUGACAUUACGUUAUUAUGCCAAAAUGUCCUCUACUUGUUGCUCUAUGAAGUGUCCUAGGUUUUUGUGUUUAACAUAUAUUUUAAAAGUUGAUGCUGUCUUAGUUUAUUGCGUCAUUAAAUUAUGUAGAAACUUUCAAAUGUACUCGUUUUCAAAUAACAAUAUCGUUAUUAUCCGUCUUACGCUGCUCGUGUUUUUACCAAAUAAAAAAAAAAAUAUUAUUUGGCUCAAAAUUCAUAUUGAAUCAUGACACAAUGUGUAAUGUUACAAAUAUUUUAUACAUUUACAAUUUAUGAAGCCCAGUUACCUUCGAGAAAGAAUUGACAUCUUAGGCCACUCUUUUAUAAAAAAAAAAAAAAAAUAAUGGCACUUUAUGUACAUAAAAUGCUAAAGCAUUCUAAAUAUUAAAACGAGUGUGUUCUAUAAUAAUAUUACUCAUUUAUAUAAAUUAAAUUUAUCCUGUACAUUUGCUUUUAGCUACUAAGUAAUUAAAUACGCGACAACCAAUGCAUUGAAUUACUAUCGAACCUCAGAUUGUUUUUCAUAAAUUAAUUUUGUACACGCGUCAAUAUUUAAAAGUCAAGAUAGGAUAAUUGGUAAAUAAUAUCUUAAUCGUUUAAUUUUUAUUAGUAAAAGGAAAGAUUAAAUUUGUUAGAGGCAUUUAGAAAUUCGCCAAAUUAUUCUAAAUUAAAUAACUCUGGUUCUAUAAUAAACUAUAAUAUGUUGUACACAUCG